AUGCAACCAUUCGAGCUUGCUCUACCGGAAGGUCGCAAAACUACGGGGUUGAUCCACUUUCCAGCACAGAGCAGCCGUAAGAGAAUCAGUACGCCCUCAAUCGUCACUCUUCAUGGCGGGACGUACACAGCAUCUUACUUCAAUGUGGACGAUGAACAUAGUAUUGGCAAUAUCGCCAAGGCCCUCGGUGCGCCUGUUGUCUGCGUAACUCGGCCAGGCUACGGAGACAGUAGCGUGCAGCCUCGAGAUAGCGACGAGACCUGGAUCCACCAGCAAGGCCGCUUCUUCCACGAGACAAUCUUGCCCGCCAUCUGGCAGGAGUAUGGAGGCGCCAAAACAAACUCGACGAGCAUUGUGCUCCUUGGUCAUAGCGUUGGUGGCGGUGUAGUGAUUGCCACAGCAGCUCGUUACAGUACAGAAAAUUCCCCCAAAUAUCCCUUGAGUGGACUGGUGACCAGUGGUAUCAGCUCGACCGUGUCCAAAGCUUUGGCGCAGCAACAAGAACCUGGAGGCAACGUUGAAGAGGCGCAAAAGGUCGAGAACAAGUCGACUCAAAACGAUGGAACGUUCCUCUGGCCCAUAGCGAUGAAGGACCAGCUCUUGUUAUGUUCCAACAUGAACUUAUGUUCCCCGUCGAUCUUGGAGGCAAGCGAGUCUUUGAACGCUCCCAUUCCAGCUCCAGAAACGCUCGAUGUUCAAAAGCAGUGGUUUGAGUACUGGCGUGAGCUCGCGGCGGAAGUCAAAGUUCCGCAUAUGAAUACCAUGCCGGAGUAUGACUGGCUCUGGGAGGUGAACAGGGAGAUCAUGGAGGAUUUUGGGAGGGCUUUCGAGAGCUGUCCUAGGAUGGAGAUCAGCAUUUUACCGGAGGCGCCGCAUUGUAUCGAGUUGAGUCGGCAGAGUGAAGCUUGGUACUUCAGGUCAUUUGGAUUCGCGAUGGAAUGUGCUGGUGCUUUCGACUUGAAGAAGGGCAGGUCAGGCCAAGUCAGCAAGUAA